AGUAUCGAAUCGGUUGCAGCAGUGAACGGACGCGUCUCAGUAUCGGUUUGAAUGGUCACAAUUUGUUUUGAAUGCGUUAGAAAAAAUCGGUCUGUUGUGGUCACGUGAAGAUUCCAUUCAAAUCUUCCUGAUUUCUAAAAAGUAGAACAAGUGAAAUUGAAGUUCUUUUCCUUGUGAGGAAAACAGUGAAGAUCUGAGCAAAACAGAACGAAUAUCUAAGUGAAUUAUUUAAUGUGAAGUGGAAGUGAUUGAUUUCAGCAAAUAGGAAUCCUUUUACUGAGCCGACAUUCUGACACGAAUCUAUGCUAGGAAAUUGCUGAGGGGUGCUUCCCCAAAUUUUUUAUGUGCACAACAAUCUUGCGGUAGUGUGUCAACAUCGCAGUCUGCACUGGAAAAUUGCUUACUUGGAGAUAAUCGCUCCAAAUCCACCACCAAAGAAGAGCGAUGAGGCAGUGCUGUUUCCUUCUACUUCUGCUGCCAAUGGUGUACGGGUCUCGACCGCCGGCCGCUGUUUUUGAAGAUGUAUUCGAGCUGGGUCGACCAACUAAUGCGUACUUCACUACUCGAGGAAACCAGGAUGGAAUGCAAGCAUACCUGAAUCGCCGCAACCGCCAGUUGCGUGACAGCUUCACCAACCUGGUGCCUCCUCAGUACAAUCCCUACACGACAUCCAGCGAGCGAUAUCAAAAUUUCGAAGAAACGCAAUACGAUCGCAUUCGGUUGGAAAAUCUGAAGCAAAUCGCUUCCCCUAGAAGGAAGCGUUUGGAUCUUCCAUCAGCACCACGUCACGCGAAAAAGGUUGAUAUAAUUCCAAGAGAGAUGCUGCGGUUUACUUUGGACGAUGUCAUGAUCGACCACCAAGAUCCAGAGAAUCUAUCUGCAAUCGAAAAAGUAAAACCUAGGACAAAACGACAGAGUACCGAACGAAACGCGAAACGAAUUGAGCCAGUUCCCCGUGAGAUUUUUCGGUUCGAGUUUAAGGACGCGAUGACGGAAAAGCCAAACCUGCAAACAGAAAAUAAAUCGCAUAGCACUAGAAAAAGACGUUCGGCGGAUGCGGAAAGCAAAGAAGGACGGAAAAUGGUUUCUUUUGAACUGCAGGACGCCAAGACGCCCGAUCGGGAUACAAAACUUUUCCACAAACAGAUGAUGGAAGAAAAUCCGAACCUUAGAAUGCCUUUCACUACAUCUGAUACCUUCACGAAAGGUUCCGUCCAUGACGAGAUUGUUGAGCGACCUGAAUUGAGGAAACGAGAAGGUAAGAAAGAUAAACGGGAUGAUGCGAUGGAGGAAUCGGAUAUGAACAUUGAAGAAUCUCGGAGGGUGAAGGUUUCCAGGGCCAAUAAGAAAAAAAUGGCAAAUUAUGAAGAUUUACCCCUGGGUGUUCAGAAAGCGAUUGAUAUUGCGAUAAAGGAAAAUGAACGAAUGAACGGUAAGACCACAGAGGAGCCAUCAAGGGGCACUAAAUAUUAUUUUGGUGAUAAGAAACCUAAAACCAAAAAGCCUUAUAGCUCUACUACAAGCUCUAAAACAAAUCAGGCAGGUUCGCAAGAAUCAAAAUUGGUCAAUAAUCCUCAAAUGGAAUCAGGAUUUGUACCAACCAAACCGAUUUCAAGCGAAUCUAGUGAAAAUUUGAAACCAGAAAAAUCUUCUCCCGGAACCUGGUGGUCUGGAUCGAAUGUUCAACGACCGAAAAGACUUCAGCAAAAAACGGUAUAUCCACCAUUAGUCGUUAGUCCACAGUAUGUCCAAACAUACAAACCGACUAUGGAAAGUCACAAAAUGAAAGACCUUUCACCAAGAUACGAACAGUCCCAUCAAUAUUCCGGAGCUUCAAAGGAAAUUCAAGAGAAACCAAAAAUUCAAUACCUAAUCAAAGAAAUUCCCGUACCGGUUAGACCAAGAACAAAAAUUACCGUUCAACCAACGAUCUCUAUUUUGUAUGACAAAGAGCCAACCGCUCCAGCAACCUCUUCCGAAGAUCAAUCUAACUAUAACAAUCCGUACGGACCUGUAGAACUACGAUACGAGCAACAAAAGGAACAGGUUGACUCUUAUCAAAACUUGAACAUCGUCGUUCCAGAUUCCAAAGAACAGACCGAUGCUUCUUACUACGAUCACAACAAUGUGGAGCACUCAAAAUCACAAGAAUCAUCAUCGCACUCCUCCGAGAAUUACGAUAAAACUGGAAGUAGUAUAGCAGCCCUAUCGGCACUAAUCGGCAAAAGGCCGACUGCGCAACUGAGAGGGCUUAAUAAUCUCCUACACAUGCCGAUCCCGAUCGGUAAUCAACAACCUCUGCAGACAAUGAAAACCCGGAUUCGGCCCCAAGAUAGUACCGCUCCUGUCAUGUUCCCAGGAGAACCAACCACACCGAAUCCGUUACCAAAGAAAACACCCGGCUACCGUAGUGUUAAGAUCGAAAAUGGUCCAAAAAUUUUGUAUGAAGAUCCCAAUCCAAACACUUUGUAUCACACGGUACAAAUGAACCCACAGCUUCAGGUUCCUAUGACGAAAGAUUACACCCCCAUCAAGGAGGUGGUAUCCGAUAUAUCGGAUACUGAUCUGGUAGGCCCAACGGUAGCUACUCCGACUCAUGCGACAUACAUUAUAGGAUCCACGUCGGCUACACCCCAAGCAGAAGCCAGCAGUUACGAAGUGCAUGCCAACAGCCAAGAAUCGUCUCCAUAUCAGGAAUAUCAUGAGAUUCAUGCAACCCCUGAGCCGGUCAGUGUGCAAUAUCAAACUAGACAGCUGGACCACCGUUACCACGAACAAAUUCAACACCAUCACCCGCUGAACCAGGAAGAAUACAAUCCGCAUAGUGAGCCCGAUCACUAUCAUCAUGAAUCCAGUGAAGAUUUAGAUGACUCGGAAGGAUAUGCUUUCGGAUAUCGAGUACGUGAUUUUCACACUGGAAAUGACUUCGGGCAUGUGCAGAAUCGGGACAACGGUGUUACACGCGGAGAAUAUCACAUACUGUUACCGGACGGACGAGUUCAGAACGUUCGCUACACCGCCGAUGAAAAAGGAUUCCACGCAGAAGUUAGCUACGAAAGUGUACAUUCGUCCCACGAAGUUAGGAAAUAGCGGCAAUGAAAGUGUUGUACCCGUUAGAACUAGCUAUUACAAGUAUUUUGUUACUGUUCCUCGUAAGCCAAGAGGAAAAUGUGUACAUAAAAUCGAAUAUUCACUGCGAAGCACGAGAAGAAAGCUUUUUACUGGUGAGCAAGCGAGAGCUUUAGCUACUCUCCACCAGAGCGAUUUCAUUCUACUAGAAAAAGCUUCCAUGCAUUAGCCGCGCUAAGUCAGUUUAAUAAGCUUCUAGUGUUAAAACGAUAAAGACGAUACGACGAAAGUAGGUAGUAUUAAUUGAAUCGUUUAUUUUUUCUAAAUUCAUCGGACAAAAAUUUACACUUGUUUAAAACCAAUUAAACUAAUUUCACCUUUCGGAACGAAUUUUACGAGCAGUUAAUAUUUGCAUUAUCGUUUUUAUUACUGUUAAUAGUUGAUCUUUUUUCGUUUCAUUCUGUUUUUAGAUGUAGUUUCACCAUCAUUUGUUAUUUAAUUGUAUCGUUAUUUAAUAGCACACUGCUGCUACUCGACAUUUUCUGUGACACCAGCGUACCACCAGAACCGAGGGUACUCUUUUGUGAUUGAGGGACCUGUGCAAUUGUUAUCAUUAAUAUUCCACCGUUAAGCUUGUUGAUUUUUGUUAUUGUUGAAUGUAUAGAAAAUAUCGACUCGAGACCCCGAAACAAAUAUUCCUCAUAGCAUCAUUUCGGAUCAUUCAGUAGCAUGUAAGGAUAGGCGAAGUGAUCAAUCGAAGGAAAAUCAAAAGUAUUAUUAUGACAAAAAUGUCAGACGCUGCACGUACAUAUAUCUAACCUUCAACCGCUAGAUAUGUAUUGACGCGACCUAAGCCAAAAUAGUUCAGUACCUUUUAAAUAUUUCAUGUAGUUAGCAAACGAAA